AUGAGGAAAAAGAGAGGAAAGAGAAAUGAGGGAAGUUUGCCCAUUCAGGACCUUCAAACGAGUGGUAGUUAAGGUGUGACAUUGAAAGACCCAAUUCACCCAAGAGAUUUUAAUCCAAUUUGUAUUCCCUAUAAUGUGACUGAACUUGAACAAGAUUUUAAAGCUGGGUUGCUGGAAAUAUGUCCUAGCUCUUCAGCUCUGCCUUUUUUAUCUUCAACUAAAGGACCCAGGCAAACAGAGGACGAAGUCAGAGCUUUCAUCAGCAGUGAUGUUAAUGUCUGUAAAGAAGAAAGUGUUCAAAGUGUACAUGUAUAUUCAAUGAAUGAUUACGCCAAAGUGUUUGUUUCUGUUAAUACUGAAAAAGUGAUGCCUACAGUUUCUAAAGAACUUGCAAUUGAAUUCCUCGAGUCUAUUCCAUUUAAUGAAGAGCAAGCAGAAAUGAUCAACAAGAAAACUGUCUAUCAAUCCGUCUCAAUUUUGGUUUGA